CAAAAAAAAAAAAUGCUCCCUGAGCUGUUGUUUGGUCCUUCCCGGCUUCCGCAGUUUAUCGAGCACCCACGUGGUUAGGCAAAACAUCAUGGCGUCUGGUUUCAAAAUUGUAGAACCUCUGGAGUAUUACAGGCGCUUUCUGAAAGAAAGCUGCCGUCCUGAUGGAAGGGGGUUGACAGACUUUAGAAGUACAAGUCUGAACAUUGGGCCCAUAUCAACAACUGAUGGCUCAGCCAUGGUGAAGAUUGGAAACACAACAGUCAUCUGUGGUAUCAAAGCGGAGCUGGCAAACCCGACAGUGGAAGCACCGGGAAAAGGUUACAUUGUGCCCAACCUGGACCUGCCACCUCUGUGUUCCUUACGGUUCCGGCCUGGCCCGCCAGGAGAAGAGGCCCAGGCUGCCAGUCAAUUUGUUGCAGAUAUAAUUGAAAAGUCUGACAUAAUACAGUCAGAGGACCUGUGUAUAGAAAGAGGAAAGCUCUGCUGGGUGCUGUACUGCGACAUGAUGUGUCUGGACUACGACGGGAAUGUGUUGGAUUCUUGUAUCAUUGCCCUGCUGGCUGCACUGAAGAACACACAGCUGCCAGAGGUCUCCAUCAACACACAGACAUCUGCACCUGAAGUCAACUUAGAGAAAAGAAAAGCUCUGAAAAUUCACAAACACCCAGUCAGCGCUUCUUUCUGUUUGUUUGACGACUCUGUACUGAUUGUUGACCCAACAGCUGAUGAGGAAACGCUGUCGACCGCACGGCUCACAGUGGUGAUGAACGAAGAUGGCACGCUCUGCUCUGUGCACAAACCAGGUGGGACGUCACUGUCAGGAGAGAAGCUGCAGGAGUGCAUCAGCCGAGUGACAGAACGGCAGAGAGAGAUCCAGAAACUCAUUGACAAAGUCAUACAGACUGUAAAGACUGUGCAAUAAAGAGCUACAAACAGGUUUUUUUGUUUUAUCUAAAAGCUGUAUUUUCAGUUGUCAAUAUAUAUUCUUUUUUAUAACAAUAAAACUGUUGACAAAGA